UGCUGCUGCCAACGUCCGUACACUGUCCAUUGUUCGUGGCUGGCAUCGCUUCAGCUUAGAAUUUCUGAUUUCGUUCCCCAAAAUUCACUUAAUUUUAUUGCGCUCUGUGACGUGGCUGCGACUGUAAAUUUACCGCAUUUCACUUUCGCAUCGCUUUUUUCACACAUAUCAUUCGUUAGCAAAUUACAAUCGCUACCGGAUUUUGUUCAGUUUCAAUUUCUUCCGUUAUGUUAAAUUGGUGAAAUAGUUCUAUAAACGCGUCGCCAAAUUUUUACCUUUCGUCGUCUAAAAUGCGAACUAAUUAAAUGAGCACUUUGUGUGUGAGAGUGAGUGCUGCCAACUCGGCUCAAAUGUAUUGUUUCAAUGGCGGCAACUUGGCAAAUGUCCGAAAAACAAUGAAAUUACUAUUGCUUCGAUCAUAAAAGCUUUUUACAUUAUUAUAUGUAGUAAUAACAAUUGUUUUCCACAUUAAAUCAACAAAGUUUAAACAAUUUUUUGGACAUUUCAAUUAACAGUGGAUAAUGUGGCAACGCUAUCCGGCCUGAUAAACGCUUGCAUCACCGCUUUCUCUUUCUAACGCACGCUAAAACGGCAGUUGGAGCUGCACAAAGCAGAAUAGCCAAGAAGUACAAAAGUAGAAAAGAAAAUUCAUAAAAUGAUGAUUAAUAUUUUAAUAAACAAUAAGCAGUUAAUUACUGUCAAUACCACAGAUAUUCAACAAAUAUGCACACACAUCGAAGAGGCAACACAUUUGCAAUCCGACGAAUUUUACCUUCUCAGCAAUGGCAAACGUCUGAAUCGAAAUAUUUCCAAUCAAAAUGAAAUGCAGACUAUCCAUUGCAUGCUUCGGCAGGUGGGCGGCAAGGGCGGAUUCGGUUCCAUGUUGCGUGCGAUUGGCGCUCAAAUCGAGAAGACCACAAAUCGUGAGGCAUGCCGCGAUUUGAGUGGCCGUCGGUUGCGCGACAUAAACGAGGAGAAGCGCGUCCGAGCUUGGCUAGAGAAGCAGGGAGAGCGUGAACGCGAAGCAGAGGAGCGUAAGAAGCGCAAAAUUGAGAAGCUGCUGGCGGUGCCAAAGCAUGAAUUCAAGGACGAGGAAUACGAGGAGGCACGCGCCAAAUUGACAGAGAAGGUGAACAAUGCAUUCGAGGAGGGCCUCAAACAGCUGACUGAUCCAGUGGCCAGCGAUGCACCCAAAGCCACAUCCAGCACAAAUACUACAACAAUUGGCAGCAAGCGCAAAGCCAAUGCCAACGAUUCAAACACGAAGCUCAUAAAGAAGAAAAAAGGCGCACUUUGGAUGGACGACGAGAUUUCUGGUAGCGAUUCCGACACCGAUGACAGCGAAGCCGACGCAGCUGACACAAAACAAAAAUUAAUUAAAUGUUAAAGGAUUUAUUUAUAGUUUGUGUAGUACUAAUUACUAUAGUUAAAUAAAAUGACAGUUAAGCGACAGCAUAAAUCAUUGCGUUACGAACUGAGACGACACCCAGGCUAGCCCCCAUUUUAGAUUGGUUAGCAUGAACUUUAAGGCUUUCGUCCAAUGUUCCUCCGAAUUGAAUUGUAUUCUGCAAGAAAAGUAAUUUAAUAAUUUGAUGAGCAAUUUUA